AUGACUGACAACGAAGUUCAGGUUGAGGAGCAGCAGCUCAAAAUGUCACCGUUAGGACCAGGUGCGCUUUUGGACCUGCUGAUGGACAUUUGCCGUGAGGAGUCGGACUACCUCGAGAACCAGCAAAGCUCCCCACGAGAGGUGAAUGAGCCACUGCUGUUGGGCAACGUUGCUCUGACGCCACCUUUUGGUGCACAGACACCCUGCAGGUGCCAGGAGGUCGGACUGCUGGAGAGGAGCCUCCAGUCCGUCCAGCUGGAGUUCAUGUUCCUCAAGAGCAAAGCAGAUGACUUACACAACUGCCUUGUCAGUGGGCAAGCCUAUCAAAAGAGAGAGACUUUUGCUGCUGCUGUGCUAAGCCUCCUGUUCACCUGCCAGCCUUACUUUAACUACCUGGAAUCCACAGCUAGGAGCACCGUGUCCCAACACACCCAUCAGCGUGGUGACAUUUGCCUGGCAAAGCUGUUGGACUUCUCUGAGCAGCUGUGUGACAGGUUGGAGCAGCUGGUUCUGACCUACGCCAGCUACAAUCUUCUCUCUUUGGAUGAGACAGAGCCUAAUGGCGUGUCUCACUUCUGCAUUGGCCAGACUCAGCUCGGCAAUCUGAGGCUGACUAUUUUCCGUUACUGUAAGCCGACGCCGUACCUGUCCGAGGUCGACACCGGACUGUAUAAGCGCAUGCGCUGGAACGUGGAGAGACUACGAGACGAGCACCAGAAAGACAAAGAGCAGGCGGGAGAGAGCGGCGAGGAAGAGGCAGAAAGAGUCGUUGAAACUGACUAUUACUUCCUGUGCUACGAGGACGUUCCUAAUGUACACGCAGACGCUGAGGCUGACGGGGACAAUCAGAGUGUCUCUAAUGGCAGCGUGGUGAGGAUGUGGUCCAUCGGCCAGUGGGUGCAGGUCUACCCAGAUCCUGACACAGAGGAUGUAUGUGACUGGAUCUUGUGUGAAAUCCCACAGGCCGACUAUCACCGGCUUUUGUUUCUGGGCAGCGAUGAGCCGUCGAGCAGCAACGCUACAGACUACCUGCAGCAGCUGCUGUUGCCCCACAUGACCACAGACUGAUGUGAGGCCCUGCAGAAGUUGAUCCGUUAAUGAAACUAGACCAUUUUUACUCACACAGCAUGUUGUAGAGACGCCUUUAGGCCAGUUAUGUGUCCAGCUGAUGUGAGAUUCUCAGGUUACACGUCUGGUUUCAAAUCCAGUUGCUUCAAACACUGUCAAGUUUUUUUAAAAACCUUGAUAACAGUGGGUUUUUUUUCUUUGUUUUUUUUGUAAUAUACUGUUCACAGUGUUAAAAGAUUUCUUGUCUCUAGUAGUUGGAUGAAGGUUAGGGUAAUGUUUACUGUUCAACGUAUUGCUUUCCUACGUUUUAAAAGAUUUUAUAGCGCUGAAUAUCUUAAGUUUUAAAUUUUUUAGUCAUUUUAAAACUUUGUAAGAGCGGAGUGUUGUAAAUAAGGCCAGACAUGUUAUUAAAAAAACAUUUUAUUUACAUGAAACAUUGCAUUGAAAUCAUUACACACAAUCACAGAUGUGUCUAUGAGAAAAUAAACAAGAAAAACAUUUUUAGAACAAGCUGCCAUGAUUUGGGCCUCCAAUGCCCGAUUUACUUCAACAGGUUCAUCAGGACAUUUACAUGAGCACACACAGGCCUCACUUCAUUUUCAAUAAAUUAAUAUUUCAAUGAGAUUUAAUGACUCGGAGCCUAAGUAACAAAUAAAAUUUGCUCACUCCGAGUUCAGCCUACUGUGUUCACUUUGACCUUGCAACCAUUCGGCUCAUCAGUUCUGUUGACUGGACAUGAAGAAAGGCAAUUUACUUCCAGAGAAUAAAAUCUACCAUUUACACCCAACAUCCUUCCAUCUCUAUUCAAUAAAAAAAAUCUAUAUAGAACUCUUAAGUGGCUACUAUGCUUCUAAAACUCUGAAGUACAAAAGUAAAGUGGAGCUUCCCUUCAUUACAGUGAUCAGUCUUUAGACAAUACACCCACAAAAACGUACAAAACACUUCACAGACAUGUUUGAGAAAGGACAUUUAGAAACGCUGUGAGCAUGAUGUGUCCUGGCUGACACACACAUAAACAUCUGGUUGCUACUUAGCUGCACAACAUAAGCUUUGAGAAUGAACAAGCUAGCAAAGGGGGAUUAUUAUUUCGUUUUUUUGCUCGAUCUGAUCAUGGGAAAGAGCAAAAAAUCUGUCAUAAGAUAAAAGCACUGGAUGCCAAAUCUGUCCAGUUUAAUACUUGGAUCACUGCUUUCAAUUCUCUUAUCAAACACAAUUCAGUCUUUAUGCUGUUCAACCCGGGAAGGCGAGGCAGCGAGCCAAGAACGGACAGAAAACAAGAAAUGGACUGAAGUGGACAGUGUCAGCGAUCUCAUGGGAAAAAUCAGCAUAAAAGAAUUCCCUCAUUUUCAAUCCAACGAAAUACGACCGCCUUCAACGGACAGCAGACUGACAUGGACGUACAGCACAGAUAGAAACAUUUACAACCAGCAGGACACGCACUCUUCAUACUGUAGCUCAUCACAGUUUCAACAAUAACACGGUCAGUGUCCAGAAUAACCUGAUAUCUAAGCCCCCUCCCAGCAUUUCCCCCCUUAUAAAACUUCUUCUUCCUCCACCAUAAAGUGGCCCCUGACUUUCACAGCAGUGUCGGUUCAAACCCAGAGUUGGAUGUAAAAUUAAAAUCUGACUGGUGUAGGAAGAUCAGUGAUGUCGACUUUAAAACCAGAUUUCUGCAGUAACCUUCAGUGGUACUUCAUUUAAAUUCUAACCCACUUCAUCUACUAUAAACACAACUACAGCCUCAUUAGUACCUGACUCCAGUGUUUCAAAGGGAAAUGCAGAUUCCACGUCGUACUGACCUUUGGUUAAGAGCUGCGGAAUCAACACAGCUCAGACUGAGAUCAUUUCCUUCAUUUCUAAUCUACUAAUUUCUUUGACAUCAGUUUGCAAAUAAAUUACAUCAGGAAAAGGACGACAACAGGGCCUGCUAGGGCCUCUGCAAUCGGCUCAUUUGAAUUAAUACAAAUUACAACACUUGAGGAAUUUAAGUGCAAUCUCCUAGACAGCUAGGAACCAGUGAGCUCUAGUGAUCACUGAUCAAUAGCAAGACAUCUCCAGUGUAUUCUCACUUUAUGAGUAAGGUGAUGAGGAUGCAUGUAAACAUGUACGAACAGGUAUGGCUUCAAUUAAAAGGGGCGCAGGUGAGCAACGCGGUCGAUUUAACCUUCUUCAAUUGAUAGGGGCCAUUUGGCACCGUCGGUUUGUGUAACCACACAUGGCACAGAGAUGCAGCAAACGUGUCCAGUUCCAUCCCGUUAGUGAGGAGCAGGGAUGCAUCAUGGGAGUCCGUCAGUGAUAGCACGGUUUCAGGUGUGAGGGAUUAGAAGUCUGUGAAGUUUGUGCUUGCAAUGGUGUGUGUGUGAGGUGCUGAGUUUCAGAGUGUGGCAUCAUGUUGUGUUUGUAUUCUCUACUUUGUGUGGAAGAGAUGAGACCCAAGUUCUUCACUGGCAGACUUUCUGCACCUGAACAGACUCUCAGGCAGUGUCACAGCGAGGACACGGAGGACAGCGAGGUCCUGCAUUCAUUAAAUAUUCAGAUUUUAUGUGCAGAUUUCUGUAUGCUGACAAAAAUGAAUACAGAACCAGGGCGGGGUAUGACGAGCAUCACCUCCGCCUUCAUUUGGGGAAUAUUAACACAUUUGUUCACAUUUAACAAUCUUUAUUAAGCUACUCAAUGCAUCAUUAAAUUACUAAAAUAACUGAUAUGACCAGAAAUGUAACACGAGACACUUUGGUGCAUCGUAAUCAUUUUUCAGUUUGUCAUGUUUACAAAUCUGCCAUUUUAAAAACUCCUCUGUGCGUAGAGAAGCAACAUUUAGCCUCAUACUAGUGAAUCUAUGAAGGUUAGCACUGCCUGAGAGUCCAAAUCCAGGGCAAGAAAGCCCCUUAUCUCGUUUUUGUGUCAAUAAACAGCAUGCUUGCGGAAUCAGCCAACAAGUCAUACGUAGCACCAUCAAGCAUUAGUAUCUGUGUUGUAUGUGCUUGUUUUCACAGUGCAGUUAUAAAACCCCUCAAAUGUAUCUAUAGCUGUGAUUCCCAACUGCUACUCUGAAGAGAAAAAAAAAAAAACCUAAACUAAACUUGGUCACAGGUUGCAUUUAUCUCCAGGCUGGUUCAACCAGAGUUGCUAUAUCUUGUUGGAUUUCUGCAUUUAGAUACUUUGUAAAGCCCUUAUAGGUAGAUUUAUUCAGUAGUCUUAAAGAAAAAACAAACAAGAAUUAAAGAAAAGACUAAAAUAAUAACAGUGCACAGGAGAAAAAAAA